AAGGCCAAGAAGACCAAAGGCAAGGGCGUCAAGAGGGACCCGGCAGCGUUCAAGCACAAUGGCGCGAACGUAAUACGCACGGGCCACGUGGUCUUCGUGGGCCGCGUGCCCUCCGCCCUGUGCGCCAGCGAGCCCGCAGUGCGCAACUACUUCGGCGAGUACGGCACGCUGCUGUCCGUCUCGAUCCACCACAACUUCGUGGACAUGGAGCCGGACGGGUUCAUGUACCUGGAGUACGAGGAGCAGGAGGAGGCAGAUGCGGCGGUGGAGGCCGUGAAGGACAAGGUCGUGGGGCUGACAGUGUAUAACGCCAAGUCCAGGAAGGCGGUGCACCCCGCGACCAUCACGGGGAUGCAGGCGUCACUGGCGAUGCGUCGGGGGGAGCCGCGGCUGGAGGUGGACGAGGAGAUGAAGGACCUGCUGCUGGGCAGACAGGAGGCCAACCGCUUCUCGCAGAGCCAGCAGCAGGAGCAGGCCAUGGACGAGGAGGACCUCAUUCUCCAGAGCCUCUCGCAGCACUCGUUCGCGCACUCGCAGCCCAAGAAGAAGAAGAAGAAGAAGAAGGACAAGGACAAGGACAAGGAGGAGAAGAAAAAGAAGAAGCGACGCAGCACCUCCGACGCAGACGUGGACGCGUCGCCCAAGCCCACGAAGAAGGCCAAGAAGGCCAAGAAGACGAGAACCAACAGGGUGGCCAUCCCCACCGAA